GAGUAGAACUGCUGCAUAGCGUUUUCUUUUUGUAAUCGUAGUGGAAGCAGAUUGCUGGCCUUUUCUCCUGUGGUAUUGCUGGAUGGGUUCCAAUAGUCAACCAUUAGGUUGGCAGUAAAGCUCAAAUUGUUUGUGCUACCUAUUGUUAGUUGCUGUCAAGUCAAUUCCUUCUCAUAACGACUCCAUUUGUGCAGAGUAGAACUGCUUUAUGGAGUUUCUAAGGCUGUGACCUUUUGGAAGCAGACCACUAGGCUUGUCUUCCAAGGUGCCUCUGUGUGGGUUAAAAAUGCCAAUCUUUGGGGUAGGAGUUGAGCACUUAAUCAUUUUUGCCAUCCAAGGACUCUUUUGCAUCAUCUAAGGACCUUAAAUAAUUAAUAAAUAAUAAUAACAUAGUAACAUAACUUUAUUAGCUUUACUCAACAGGUGGCUUAUAAUUUCAAAACAUGACCAAUCAUACACUAAUCAUGGAAUUCUUGCUCAUGAGAUUCACUGAAAGUUGGAUGCUGUUGAGGCUACAUGCUGCAUUCUUCUCACUGAUCUACCUAGUGGCCACAAUGGAAAAUGUUCUCAUCAUGCUCCUCACAAUUCUUGACCAACGCCUCCACACUCCAAUGUACUUUUUCCUCAGGCAUUUGUCCUUCUUAGAUCUGUGUCUCAUUUCUGCCACCGUGCCCAAAUCCAUCCUCAACUCCAUCACCUUCACUGACUCCAUCUCUUUCCUGGGGUGUGUGUUGCAGCUCUUCUUGGUGGUGCUCUUGGCAGGGUCAGAGAUCGGCAUUCUCACUGCAAUGUCCUACGACCGCUAUGUUGCCAUUUGCCGUCCUCUGCACUAUGAGGCUGUCAUGGGCAAGAGGGCCUGUGUUCAGAUGAUGGCUGUGUCCUGGUUCAACGGCGGGGCCUUGGGAAUCUUGUAUUCAGCUGGGACAUUCUCUCCCAAUUUCUGUGGCACCAACAAGAUCCAUCGGUUCUUUUGUGAUGUUCCUGCACUCCUGCAGCUCACUUGUUCCAAAGAACAUGCCACCAUUAACGUCAGCGUGUCCAUUGGGAUCUGUUAUGCAUUUUCAUGUUUAGUUUGCAUUGUGGUCUCAUAUGUGUAUAUUUUCUCCACUGUGUUAAUAAUUCCUUCCAGACAGAAUCAAUCAAAGGCCUUUUCCACCUGCCUGCCUCAUCUCAUUGUGGUGAGUGCGUUCCUUGUAACGGGUGCUGUUGCUUAUUUAAAGCCAGUCUCUGAUGUACCUUCUCUCCUAGACCUCCUGGUGUCUAUGUUCUAUUCUGUGGUGCCACCAACCUUGAACCCGAUUAUCUACUGUCUGAGGAACAAGAACAUUGAAUCAGCUUUAGGUAAAGUCUUAUGGAAUGUUAGGAACACCUGA